AUGGAUUAUCACGACAUCAACAGUUUUCAGAAGGUUCUUGGAGGAACAAUAUUCUUGUCUGGUUACAUUUUUGCUCACAUUGGAGUAGACCAGAAUCAACCCGAGCCAACUAGUUCUGCACAAAACCAGGUCCGGAACAAGGGAGCAGCUCAGUACAUCGAGGAGGAACUGCCGCUAGCACACAAGGCUCGGGAGCAGACAGCAGUGAAGAACAACUUCCCCUUAUCUUUUCAUGACAACAGACACUGUUUGAGGAAUGUAGGAGAGUAUUUUGAUUUUGGUUUGGGCCGCAGGAAGGUGGAACCAGAGAGACGGCAGCAGAACUCCCAGAACUUCUUCCUAUGGGCUCAUGAGCCAGUUCCCAGCAGAGAGGAUGGUUUAACCAUUUAUCAGACCUCAUUUAUGAAAGUUAAAAGCUCUGAGACCCCAGUUUAUAGGCGGUAUCCAAAACACCACACGGAAAAGCAAUGCACUGAGAAACCCAUUCCUGAGAAGGGAAAAAACCUGCAGCCAAACAAGUCAUCUUAA